AUGGGUGUGCUAUCGCGGAAGGUCCUGCCGGCUUGCGGGGCCCUAUGCUACUUCUGCCCUGGGCUCAGGGCACGGUCCAGGCAACCCGUUAAGCGGUACAAGAAGAUCCUUGCCGAAAUCUUCCCCAGAACACAGGACGAAGAACCAAAUGAUAGGAGGAUCGGGAAGCUGUGCGAGUACGCCGCCAAGAACCCUCUUAGAGUGCCCAAGGUUCCCCCUCUUCUCUUCAUAACCUAA